UUUUUCCUGCUCUCGUGUCGCGGUUCUUGUUCCCUCUUUGAUUUCUGCUCAUUAAAUCAGAGCAUCGCUGAACCAAUCAGAAGCCGCUGUGAAUCUUAGUGGACUGCAUCACGGCCGGGUCACCCAAUCCAAACAAAGACCCCCAGCUCCAUUCACACACGCGCACUCCCCACCCCACCCUCCGGCUCUUCGUCUCCUCUCAAAGUUUGGUUCGCAGCUGAUGAAGAUGCUGAGCUGAUGAUCACUUUUGAUGGUCUCCUCCAACCUGCCGGACAGACCAGAGCGGCUCCCGGAUCUGAAUCGGACCCGAACACAAACGGAACUUCGUCCUGCUUUCCUGGAGCAUUUGGGAUUUGGAAUCUGCCCACUGACUGAGAUGGGCUUUGAGUCCAGAAAGAAAGUGAAGCUGUUUUAGUUGAAGUCUGGAUUCUGGAGAUUGGCCCCCGCAGCCCCCGCAGCCCCAUCCCCAGUCCUCCCGGGCCUCCCUCAGAGGCGGUAAUGCUAGCGGUGGGUCAGAUGGACGGGUCCCGACAGAGCGCCUUUCUCCUCAGCACUCCACCUCUGGCAGCUCUGCACAGCAUGACCGAGAUGAAGACCCCCCUGUACCCGGCCUACCCCCUCUCCUCCACCUGCCCCAACUCCUCCACCUCUCCCGCCACCACAUCUCCCAACCCAGGCGGCAUGGCCGUGUCUUCCCCCGGAAUCAAGAGUUCCACCGGGCUGUCCUCGGGCCUCGGCUCCCCGCAGCAGUGCUCCUCUGCAACUCCGCACGGAAUUAACGACAUCCUCAACCGGCCGGUCGUCUCCUCAGCUGGCACCACGGGGGUGGUAGCUGCCGCAGCAGCAGCCGCCUCUUCAUCUGCUGGGAUUCUGUCAGGACUGCCCAGGUUCAGCAGCCUCAGCCCGCCGCCACCUCCCGGACUUUACUUCAGCCCCAGCGCGGCGGCUGUGGCGGUGGCCCGGUACCCGAAGCCGCUGGCAGACCUCCCGGGCAGGACGCCGAUCUUUUGGCCAGGAGUUAUGCAAAGUCCGCACUGGAGAGACGCCAGGUUCGCUUGUUCACCCCAUCAGAAUUCAGUGUUACUGGACAAAGAUGGGAAAAGGAAGCACACACGGCCCACUUUCUCUGGACAGCAGAUCUUUGCGCUGGAAAAGACUUUUGAACAAACCAAAUAUCUGGCGGGGCCGGAGAGAGCGCGGCUGGCCUACUCUCUGGGGAUGACGGAGAGCCAAGUGAAGGUGUGGUUCCAGAACAGAAGGACCAAGUGGAGGAAGAAGCACGCGGCGGAAAUGGCCUCCGCGAAGAAGAAGCAGGACUCGGAGACGGAGCGACUCAAAGGAACGUCGGACAACGAGGAGGAGGACGACGACUACAACAAACCUCUGGACCCGAACUCGGACGAUGAAAAGAUUACACAGCUGCUGAAAAAACACAAAACGGGCUCUGCGCUGCUGAUGCACACAUCUGAAAACGACAGCUCUUAAUUCACUUCUAUUUCCUGUUCCGAGGAGGAUCUGGAUUCUGAACUCAUGGAUUCGGUUCACUUUGUGAAUGUUUUUCUGCGAGGCGAAAGAGGAUACACACUUUCCGGUUCACAGAGAAGACUUUAGCUGUAAAUAGAAGCGUGAGUUGUAUGAAUAGAAAUUGCUAUUGAAUUAUUGCUGUGAAUAAGUUAUGUGUAGUUUUUUUUUCUUAUUUGUUUUGUACAGAAACGAUUCUCCCAGAUCAGCGGUAAACACGUUUUUGUUUUGAUCUGACAGCAGAGGUAUUUUUUCUGUCUGUCCCUGAACGCCUCUUGAUCUGUCAGAUAAAACCGCAGCUGCACCUGAGGUCGCUAACACACACACACACACACACGCUCACACGCACACACACUGGUGAACCCUGUGAAGCUGUGGAAGCGGCCUGCAGCAGCUUCAUGUAAAGCACUUUUAUUUAAUAAAAACUCUAAAGUU